GCUGACUGCCUUUGAGAGUUUUAUAGAAUUUUUUUCUGUAAAAAAAUUGUGAUUAUUUGAUACAAAGUGUUAUUCAAUAAUAUUUUUUCUAACUUACUGUUCUAGGUGAGGUUUUCGGUGUGAAUAAAGAUGUUAUACUGAUUUAUUGCCAUUUAGCUAAACUUUAUCUCCAGAAAACAUGUCUAAACGAGAACAAAGUGAACGAAACGAAAGGAAGUUGGAGUCUAGUGAUUACGAAAAUCUCAUAAAUCAACACAGUAUUUUCGAAUCAACGAGAAAUAAAAAUCAAGAGCUACCAAGUUUCCCAGGAUUUACCAAUGCUGAAACUCAAACAAAACCUAGUGACUUAAAAUCCCAGUCACAGACUAAUUUAGGUGCUUGGCAUUACAACCCUUGGUGGAUGCUUGCAAGUACAUCAAGAAAUAUUCCAUCACAAGAAGACUUUUCUGAAAGCGGAGAAAUGGAGACAAAGGUCAAGGAAGAACCUGGUGGUGCUGGUACUCCAGACAGAGACCCUUUACAAACUGAUAUUGACCACUUUGCGACAAGUACACCUACACCACCAGUAGGAUUAGACUCUUUUUGUGAUGAUUGUUCUGAUCCAUUUUGUGACUCCAGUGCUGCCAUUUGUAGAAAGCUUUUUCACUGCCCUCAUUGUAGGAAAAGCUACCCUACUAUUUUGGAAUUCAACACACAUUUGACAGGUGUCCAUCCAGCACAGAAACCAUUCAGAUGCCAAAUAUGCUUGGAACCUUUUUAUAAAAAAUCACAGUUACGGAGACAUUUAGAUGCUCAUCACUCACGCAAAGAUGUAAAUAAAUGUUCUGUGUGCUCCAAGUACAUCAAAGAUAAAAGUAACUUACGUAAACACAUGCAAGUCCACACAGGUCGAGUUCCACAGAAACAAUUCAAGUGUGACCUGUGUAACAAUAAGCGUUACAUGUCUCUCGACCGUCUCAACAAUCAUAGGGUAGUCUGUACUGGGGAAAAAACUUUGAAAUAUUGUGACAUGUGCACCAAAGUCUUUGAUAAUUCAAGAUCACUCAAUAGUCACAAAAAGGUUCAUGCUAGAGAACUAAAAUGUGAAAAUUGUGGUGAACAACUUCGAUCCCUUGAGCAAUUCACAAAUCAUAAAAUGCUUUGUCAAGGUGCAGCAUCUGACGCAGCUGGAAGCCUGGCUAGCUCUUCUAAUGCUAGUGGCACUCCUGUGAAUAGAUGUUGCACACAACCUGGGUUAUGUGAGCAUGACAAGCCAGCUUACCUGAACAUACCGGGCUAUGCUGCCGGCAGAGUACUAGAUGCUACACUUUCAUCUUUAAAAUCGAAUAUGAACUGAUAAGAAAACAUACUGAUACUAUUGAAAUAAGUUUAUUUUAAAACAUUUCUUUUAACAAUAUUACCAAAUAGAUCCUUCCUAUUAAAGUGAUAGGAUGGACCAAAUAGAUAAAACAAUUACAGUUAUAAUUUUCAGAAUUGAGAAUUUCACAAGACUGAUGCAAAUAUCCCGCCUCACGACUUGCUUUAUUAUUACCAUUUAAAUUUAGAUUUUAGUUUGUAGGAUAAUACAUUAGCUUAAGCAGUUAACUGUUUAAGUGUAUUCAUAUCUAUUCUAGUUAACUUUAAUGGUGUAAUAUUUUUGUUGUCUUGUGAAAUGACAUUCCAUCAUAAAAGUUAACUAGCCAUGGAUAGUGUUCCGCCUAUGACAUUAACUGGUAAUACAUAUGUGUACACUUAAUUUGUUAGUUGCAUUUUAUUUUGUAACUUAAUACACAUAACUUGUUCCACAAGAACAGCUUUACUAAUUAUUAGAUAUCAGAACAGGCAUGUGAGGUGUAAAUUUGUGAAAUGUUACAAAACAUAUAUUUUUAUUUGAAUAUAAAAGUAACUUGACUGAUUUAGAGAAAUAUUUAUGUGCAGUAUUACAUCAUUUUUUAUUUUUCUAUUUUGGGGAAAUUUCUGAGAGCUACCUACAUUAUUUUUGUAAUUCUUAGUUUUUAAUCUUAGAUUUAUUAUUAAGGAUACUGAUGUUAGUAAAAGGAGGCUGUACAAUGAGCAUGCUUUGUUCCCAGUGCUCUGUAGUACUAUUUACUCCAAAGAUGUUAUAGUUUCAUACAUGGUGUUAGGGUGUUUUUCGAAUACUACCUAGAAACAACUUGUAUAAAAAAUUAAUAUUUGUUUUUUUAACCUUAGAUCUAAAUAAGUUAAGUAAUGUUACUGAAGUGCAAUGAACUAUUGGCCAAGCCUCAAACAUGUUAAAGGAAGUGAUUAUAGGGAAUGUUUGUUGUGUUCUCUGUACCCAUAAUAUUUAUUCAAGUGUUACACACUGAUAAAUUAUUGCUACAAUUUAUAAUAUUAUGGAAUAGAAUAAUGUUUACGAAUAUGUAACAUGUAUAAUAUGCAAUCAUAAAUUUAAGAAUUGAGGCUAUAUUCAAAGUUUAAGCCCUUAUUUAAUGAUUUAUAGUGUUACAUACCUAAUAUAUAUUUAUGGUCAGUUUUUCAUGAGGAUAUUUUUGUUUAAUUUUUUUUAUUUUCUUAUUUUCAUAGAAUUAGAUUUUUUUAAUACUUAACUGAAAAUCCGGAUCUAUAUUUAUUCAUGUUGUUAUUACAAAAAA